AGGGCCCAUUCUGUAUAUACCAUUAAUCAACCGUUGCCUGGCGCAACGAGACUGUGGCUCCCAUGCUUGGAUCGACUGGCGGAAAGAUGCACUUGGGAUAUCGACUUUAUUGUUCCAGCUUAUGCGCCCGACGAGGAAUUUGCAGAGGACGAAGAGGGCUGGUCUCCGGAGGACUACGAUGAGGAUGAGAAGGUUCAGGUCAUUUGCAGCGGCGACCUCAUUCAACAAACAACACACCACUCAAUCCCCAGCAAAAACGUCUUUCACUACAACAUACCUGUGCCAACACCAGCAGCAUCCAUUUCUUUUGUCGCGGGCGUGUUUGAAGUCAUCAAGCUGAGUCGUGAAGACUAUGCGCUCCAGGAUAUCGAGGAUGAUGGAGACACGGGCGAUAUGGAGGACGGCGAACGGGAAGCGUCUGAGAAACCGACAGCGGCGUCUGCACAAAUUCGAGGCUCAAUGCCGGACAUGUUUGCUUUUUGUCCGCCUGGAAGAGCAGCAGAGUUGCGACACACCUGCGGCUUCAUGACAAAAGCAAUGGAGUUUUUUAUGCAUGAGAUUGGAUCCUACCCGUUUUCGUCAUUCAAAAUGGUCUUUGUCGAGGAUGCCUGGGCUUCAACAUUUACAUCGGCAACUAUGGCAGUGUGCAGCACAAGCCUUUUAUACUCAGAGGACGUCAUCGAUCAGGUCUACGACUCCAGGAAGUUGCUCACGCAGGCCUUAGCCCAGCAGUGGUUCGGAAUCCACAUCGUACCAAAGACUUGGCCCGAUAUCUGGAUCAUUGUCGGCUUGACCAACUUUGUGACAUCGCUGUUCCUCAAAAAGAUGUUUGGGGCCAAUGAGUACCGGUUCAGGAUGAAGAAGGACAUCGAGCGAUGCUGUGCGACAGACAGGGACCGAGCGCCACUCUACAACCCCAACAUUGCAUAUCCGAUUGAUCAGGACGAUUUCGAGUUUGUUGAAUUGAAGGCCCCAUUAGUGUUGCACAUGCUGGAUAAAAGAAUGUCAAAGGGUGGUUCGUCUCUGGGACUGUCGCGUGUUAUCCCCAAGAUCCUGGUUUCUGUCAUGAGCGGCGAGCUGACGCACAAUGCGAUUAGUACACAUUGGUUUUUGAAGACCUGCCGUAAAGUCAGCGGGCUGGAGACAAAGGGAUUCUCGGACCAGUGGAUCUACAACAGCGGAUGCCCCAUUUUUGAGUUCGCCUAUAAUUUCAACCGGAAAAAGAUGGUUGUCGAGAUUACCAUGAAACAGCGCUCCACAAACGACCUGGUUGCAGGAAGGACAAGGAUGGCCUUGAGCAGUGAGCAUCCAUCCCCGACUAUCUUUACAGGAACAAUGACCGCUCGAAUUCACGAGGCAGACGGAACGCCAUAUGAACACGUUUUGGAUAUUCAGGAUGCAGGAAAGCGCUUUGAAGUGCAGUUUAACACUAAGUACAAGCGUAUUCGACGCAAUACGAAGCGUUUCCAGGCCAAGCAGGCCGCUGCUGCUGCCGCCGCCCGUGAGGCAGAGGAAGAAGGUGACAUUGAGGAUGGAAUUGGCGCACUUGGUUUCGGAGCAGGUCUCUGGGAAGAUGAGAAGGAGAAAGAGGAAUGGCAGGUCGUUGAGUGGGGUCAGGACGAUGAAAAUGGUGCCGUCAGUGCGACGUUUGAGUGGAUCCGACUGGAUGCCGAGUUCGAGUGGCUUUGCGAGCUACAGUUUGCCCAGCCAGACUUUAUGUGGGCAGCACAACUGCAGAAGGACCGAGAUGUAGUGGCCCAGUACGAGGCCAUCCUGGCAUUGGGACGGUUGCCCUCUCCGGCAGCAUCAACGUCGCUCUUGAAGACCUUGCUGGAUACAAGGUGCUUUUUUCGGGUCAGGACCGAGGCCGCGCAUGCUAUUGCCCGAUGCGCUGUACCACAAACAGACUGGGUGGGCCUCCUUCAUCUCAUCAAGACGUUCCAGCACAAGUACUGUUAUCCGCCAACACAUGCCACCAACUUUCAGUCGCCCGACGGUACCAUUCCAUGUAUGCCCAAGCCCAAUGACUUUAGUAGCCUGGCGGAAUACUAUAUUCAAAAAGCCAUUCCUAUUGCGCUCGCAAACAUCAGGGACGAAAGAGGCUACUGCCCUUUGAAGAUUCGACAGUUCCUGCUGGACCUCUUGCGUUUCAACGACAACACUGGCAAUGUUUUCUCAGAUAACUACUAUGUCAGCACCUUGAUCUCAGCACUUGGGCACUCCCUAAUUCCUGAUCGCGUUCACGCAUACAAUGCACAUAUGCAGGACAUGUUUGAGGACGACGAGGACGAGUAUGAACGUAUGGAUGAGGUUGCUGGAGCGGAGAUCUUGGACCAGGCUGUGCGCGAGAUUGAUCGGUAUCGCACUUUGGACUAUUUGAUCCCAACUUACCACAACACGGUUACCGUCAGCUGUCUUCAGGCGACCAUGCGGCUCAUGAUGGCAGGAAUAAUUCCAUUAGACCUUAAAACGUUUAUGAUGCACUCGAGAUUUGGCAACUUUGUCAACGUUCGGCUGACGUCCUUCGACUCGCUACUCUUGCUGGGCGCGUUGGACAACUUCAAGGCAACUGAAUAUCUCUGCAGUGUAAUUGAGCAGGAUCCCUCGCCCUGCGUCCGUUUCCACCUCGCACAAAGUAUGGCUGAAGUCUUGGGCGUGUUUAUGACAUACGACAGCGAUAGCCAUCGAGAAAUGCAGGAGAGUCUGCUUGUCGAGGAGAACGGCAUUUUGAGCGGGCGUGAUUCUGGCGGAUAUGGGAGUGAUAAACCCUCCACCCUCCAUGGACUCGACCUCAUUCGGAAGUUGUAUGGCCAUCAGCCGGUGCUACGGGACAAGGUGUGGGGAAUAUUGACUAGCCACCCAUAUCUCGAACACAGGAUUCUGAAAUAUCUUUUGCUUUUCUGCGACAUCCUCUACCCGCCUGGCGAGUCGAUUCUUCACAAAUUCAAGUUCCGUGCACCAGUUAUUGGGGAUAUGGUAAUGCAGGAAUCUCAGCCAGUCUCUGAACCAGCCUCGGCUCCUGCAUACACACCAAGUGCUCCAGCAACAACAGCACCCCUGCCCUCGACAACCGUCUCCAUGACGAAACCAGCGACGACACAGAUCCCAGCUGUCAAUGCUAGCAUCAUGCCUGCACACCAGAUCAUUCCAGCGUCUGUUCCGAUACCGGCGAUGGCCCCAGAACUACUUGCAGCCGUAGCUUCGUCCCCUAUGAUGCAGCAGUCGCGUGAACAUGUUCAAAAACCCGUACAGGCACCUGUACCCGCUGCUCCAAUUGUAAUGUCACCACCAGCUCCGAAGCUAGCCAAGGCAAAGCCGGACACGCCGAAACUUCCAAAGGUCAACAAGGUCAAGGCACCUGCAGCGUCCACUAUCAACCAAGCGCCCGCUUACAAACCGACGCUUCAAUCGGACAAGCCAAAAGUGGAUAUUUCGCCGCCUCUUUCUACUCAUAUCAAGGAAGAGCCCUUGACCUCACCCACGCUCGCAGCGCCAAUACCAGCACCAGCACCAGCACCAGCACCAGCACCAGCACCAGCACCAGCACCAGCACCAGCACCAGUACCAGCAUCAGCACCAGCGCCGGUGCGGUUGCUUCCAGAAGCCAAAGAACCAGCAUCCAAGCUGCCCAGCAAAAAGGCGGACCCCAAGCCCAAACCUCCUGCACCUGUUCCAAAACCGACCCCUGUGGCACUUCCCGUGGCAGCUGCACCUGCGCCUAAGCCGGACAAGGGCGUCGCGCCGAGCAUACUCUCCAAGCCGGUCGCAGAUGAGAAAUCCCGAAAAGCUCCUCAGGGUAUGCCAGCAGAGCAUGUCAAGCAAUGUCGUAAGGUCUGGCGCAAGAUGUUUAACCACCGAUCAUCCGCCCACUUCCGGAUGCCCGUUGAUCCGAUUGCCGAAAAUAUCCCACACUAUCCUGAAAUUGUGGAUAAACCCAUGGACCUCAGUACCAUCAAGACCAAUUUAGAUAACGGCAAAUAUGCCAACCUGCAAGCGUUUGAGGAGGACGUGCGACUAAUGCUGAACAAUUGCUUCAAGUUCAACCCUAUCGGAACAUAUGUCUACAAUCAGGGUCAGGAGCUGGAGACUGUCUUUGAGAAUGAGUGGGCAGGCGUGCUGGAGAACGUAGGCGCAAAGGUUCCGGAAAUGAACAUCACAAUCGUGGAGACCCCCAAAGGCUUGACAGCAGUUACUCCAGCAACGGCUCCUACACCCUCAAAGUCAACCACUUCAGAGUCGCUUCCUGCGGGAUCGAAAUCUUCAUCGGCACCAAGGAAACUUUCAUUUUCAAAGCAACCUCCAGUUCCUGCAUAUAUCCCUCCAUCGGUAUCGACCACCGACCGUGUCCCCUCACCCAUACCGCAGAGCGGUUCCUCAGUUCACAAGGAAAAGUCGUCUGCAACGGCGAUCGUCAGUCAACCGAGUGUACCGUCUCCAUCCAAGGGCAGCUCAUCCGGUAAAUCCUCCGACUUGUCCAAGUGUAAGAAGAUUCUCAAGAAACUCAUGGCCGACUCCUGUGCGUUUGAGUUCCUGCAGCCUGUAGAUCCGAUCCGGCAGGGAAUUCCUUUGUAUCCCAAGAUUAUCACGCACCCCAUGGAUCUGGGUACAGUUCAGCAAAAAUUGAGAGCAGACGCGUACAAUAGUGCAGGCGAAGUCCGUGGAGACAUUGAAUUAGUGAUCUUCAACUGCCGCAAGUUCAACCCUAGAGAAACUUACGUUGUGAAACAGGCGGAUGCGCUCGAAAAAUUGAUGCUUUCAGAGUGGGAGGUGAUGUUUGGUAGUAGCUCUUACAAUGGCAGUGGCGGUCAUGGUGCGGACUCUGGCGCAAACAAGGAUGCUUCUGUGGCUUCGAGCAGCUCGAAAUCGAAGAGCAAGUCCGCAAAGACCGAGGAUGCCUUGAAGAGUUCGGUUUCUGGAGAUAAUGCAGCCUCUGGAACAGCAGGUGCCCGUCGAUCAUCGAACACGCCCAAGCCCAAACCAGCCAAGGUUGUCGAAAAAGUGGAGCCUCCGAAAGAUGUGGUCGAGAAGCACAUGGAAAAAAUCCUCAAGAAAUGCAUGAACCACAAGCACGCCGGCCCGUUUUUGGAACCUGUUGACUGGAAGGCGCUCAAUCUGCCUAACUAUCCAUUAUUGAUCAAAAACCCCAUGGACUUCUCCACGAUCCGCAAGAAGUUGACUGCCGGAAAGUACGCGACCAUGGAUGAUUUUGCGGACGACGUUCGACAGAUCAGUCAAAACUGCGUCAACUUCAAUGGACUGGACCACCCGUUCUCCCAAGGCGGUCUCAUGAUUCAGACGAUGUGCAACAAGGAGGUUGAAAACGCAAAGAAGGAUUUAGCGCGACUCUAUCCAACGUCAUCCUAUGCGGUUGCAUCUGUACCAGGUGGAGCGGGGACUGUGGGAGCAGUGGGGUCUGGAAAGGCUAAAUCGGCAGUGAGCGAGGAACUGAACGGCCACCGCAAAAUCAUCGAACGACUAAAGCUCAAUCCAGACUUUGGCGCCUUUGCUGUGCCCGUUGACCCGAUCGCGCUAGGAAUUCCAACAUACUUUGAUAUCAUCAAGCAUCCCAUGGAUUUCGGUACAAUUGAGAAGAAGCUGAUUGCUGGGAACUAUACCUCGGGAGCAGAGGUCAUACGGGACGUCAAUCUGGUCUUUUCGAACUGCGCAUUGUUUAACUCUCACCCUGGGGAUCUGGUUGCGGCCAUGGGAGAGCGCUUGAAGAAGACCUGGGAGAACAUGGUCAAGAAGGAAGGAUUGAAUAACCCGAAGCCAGUGGUAUCAGGCGCAGCCUCUAUCCCUUUGGCCUCGACAGCGAAAUCGAAGACGGAUUCAACUGCACCUCCAAAAAAGACGGCCUCUACUUCAGCUGCCGGCGGCUCGCCUUCGAAACCGAAGUCAUCAUCUGCGACAGCCAAAAUAGUUCCAGCGUACAUCCCGCCGUCUGCAUCUUCUCCGGGUUCCUCUGGUGUUGUCCUUUCAUCACCGUCGUUGCCAUCACCGUCUCAUCAAGCCCGACGUGGAUCGUCGACUCCAGCGCCUACGCCGCUUCGAAAGGUUAUGACUGCAUCUGGUAAUGGAGGUAGCAGCAAGCUCAUUCUAGCGUCCUCCAGCUCUGCGCCCUUGCCGCCCCACCAAUCGUCCACGCUUUCUUCGUCGAAAAGCAGUGGUCAUUACCAUCAUAGUAACCAUCACAGCAGCCGCCAUGGCAGUAGCAGUAGCAAACACGGCCGAAACGAUCUCUCCAGCGACAGUGGUCUCUCAGAGCCGGAGGAUGAUGACGAUGAUGCCUCGAAGUCUUCCUCUGUCUUGAAAUCGAUCCGAUUGAAACCUCCUCAGCUCAUGUCGCCUCCAUCGGCCCGCUAUGAUUCUGACCCAAGCAGGAAGAAGAAACGACCUAGUGGCGAGGAUCAUUAUCGUUCGUAUGACGACGACGAGGAUGAUGAUGGCGCAUCGAGUAGCAGCAGCAAGCGGCGCAAGGGCGAGCGUGAAUAUUCUGAGGAGUAUGCGUCUUCUUCAUCAACAAGAAGGGAGCACAAACACCAUAAGAGCAGCAGCAGUAGGGAGCGCAAGGAACACAAGGAGCAUCGAGAGUACAGGGAGCACAAAGAACAUAAAGAACACAGGGAACACCGUGAACACCGCGAGCACAAGAAACACAAGAAGAGUCGCAAGCACAAGAAACAUAAGAAGCGCUCUUCGGAGGAUCGGGAUCGCGAGCGAUACCACAGCGACGAUGAUGAUGACCAGGACCAGGAUUUGGAGACGAGUGACCGUGAGCGCUAUUACUAG